CACGUCGGAUGCGCCGCUAAUUGUUAAAUAGAAACAAGACACACACAUCUCUUAGAUCUCCCAGAUAGAACAGACAACAAACGCUCCUGAUAACACGAAUUCAAACGACUCCCGCUUACGUACUCCCAGCACGUACGCAAAACGCUCCGGACCACCCAGGGUAGCGGAACAAUUACCCAUCAGAACGAUAAGAACCAUAGAGAAUUAAAAAAUUCGAUGAUUCAACCGGGACAUAUACGAAUAUAUAUAUUUUUGCAAAUUGGCUGUAUUGGUUGUAUCUCUUGUAAUAAAAACAACAACAAUAAAAUAUAAACAAAUAAGCAAACUGCGCAACAGAAUAAUUACAAAGUCAGCGCCAUCCGAGAAGUGCAGGUGCUAUUGGCCCGCGCCGCCAUAUGCAUUGGCUUGCCGGGCACGUAAUGCCAAAGGUGGGCGGGCAGAGAGAUGCCUCCCAGGAGUACUGCCGGAGAGAGUGGCCCCACAAUCCGGAGCAAUCUAAUCGGUGGGAAGUCCACACGUAAGUGUAUUUGUAGUAGAGGUAUUGGAAGUAUUUCAAAUCUCAGGGAGCUCUAGUUUCUAGUCCUUAACUUUCUAUAAUGACACCUUAAAAAUGACUCUCUUUAUCAACAAACUAUAAAUAUUGAAAAGUAAAAUGUAGUUUUAAAGAUCAAAUCAAUCAUAAACUUUAAUCUUGACUCUCUAUAUGACACUUUUGCCAGAGGUGCCACGUAACCGCUUAUCGGUAAUUGCCUCGAUAUGCAAGUGGGGCCUACAGUUCCGAGGGAAUGCACCUCAAGAGGCCCCUAAUCUCGGCCAGAUGUUAUCAGAAAUAGUAAGAUUAAUAUCUUAGAUGCUAAUAUUUCAUAAAAAAAUGAGUCAAACCACUUUUGAGGCAAGUGUCACUUUGCCACAAUUCCAAAUUAUGUUUACUAGAAAGGAGUUUUUCGAAAACACGCGUUCAUCAUCAGUACCAGAAUCAGAACCAGAACACAAAGACCGUCUUCCCCGGCUAGCCACCGAUAAUCCAUUAAUUAUUAUUCAAUUAAGGGCUAAUAGGGAUCUGGGAUUAUGGAAUAUAAUCGACAACCAUGCCCCAUCAGGAUCGUUGAGGAUUGCGGUUGUGCCUUUAUGAUGGGUUCAAUUGGAGGGGCGUUGUUCCAGUACCUGAAGGGCUUUCGAAACUCUCCGUCUGGUCUGGUGCGCGGCCUGUACGGCGGCUUGGAUUCGGUUAAAAUGCGAACACCCUCCAUUGCCGGCAGCUUUGCUGUCUGGGGCGCCACCUUCAGCAGUGUGGACUGUGCCAUGGUCCACUACCGGCAGCGGGAGGACUCCUGGAACUCGAUUGUUAGCGGCGCGGCCACGGGCGGCAUUCUUGCAGCUCGAAAUGGGGUUCGGGCCAUGGCCAAUAGUGCGUUUGUGGGAUGCCUCGUCUUGGCCAUGAUCGAGGGAGCUGGUGCCGCAGUGGCCACCAUUUAUGCCGCCGAUGAGCAAGCCCAGGCCACGGGCGAGGAGAGAGAGUCGCAGCCACAGCGGCCGCAGUGGGAGGUGGCCACUAUCGUGGCCGUGGAUCAGAGGCCGGAUGAGGCUGUGGCGGAAUUCGAACGGGUAUUGGACAAGUGUCGAGCUUAUAGGGACCGGAAUAUAACCCUGCAGAACCUCAAGCCGGAGGGCAGGAAGCGGGCGAGGAUGGACCAGCCAUCGCACUCGCUUGUGGAACUCGUCAAACUGGCCGAUGUCUUCUGACCCUGAUCUUGACGUGAAGUGCUCCCUUUCUCCUCUCUCUUCUCCAAAUUAUGUGAAUGUGUUUUGGCGUUCCUCACUGUUGCACUGUUGCACUGUUGCUUGUCCCUACAGAGAGAGCGUGGUGGACGCACCUUGAACCAUUCCGUUGUAAUUACAGACACAGAUCUAAGUCGUUUAGGUAGGAAUCUAUUGUAAAAAUUUGCAUUUAAAUGUGCUGACUACAGGUUGGUUUAUCCCAAAAGAAAUUCUGA